AUGUACUCUCCUUCUUCCCCCUCCGGCUGGCGAACUACUAGCGUCUCGGCGGGCGCCACGCCGGCCGGCUCCACGUCCGCGCUCAUGAGAAAGAAGGGCUCCUCCGAGGAGAUGACAGCAGAGAACGAGCAAGCGCGACUGCGGGGCGCUCUCGAGGGCGCCUACAACGGGAUGUACGGGGAAGACGAAUCCCAGCCGUCCGAGACUAACACCCUCCGCAAACGGAUCGCGCUGCUCGUCCAAGAAACGAAUCUUCAAAAGGAACACGUUGUCGACCGCGGUCUGUCGUCCUCCAAUGGGCGCGCAAGAUUCACGCUCCGCGCCGACUUCGUGACGAACAUCCAGGAGAUCACGCAACUCACGCAGCAAGUCAUCGACCUGCUGCAGAUCGAGUUUCGUGAGGAGGGCGAGGAAUGGUGGCAGUUCGACCCCAGCGGGGCGUUGCUCAAGGGACUUACCGAGGCGCGCUCUAUUGAUGGGAUCGUACGCUCACGAAAGACGCGAAGUACAGUCUAG